UUGUCCUUCCUUCUGCCUCUCAGGAACGCUCGCGGACUGAACGUCAGAGAGUUCUGUCUGUAUGUCUUUGACAAUAUUACCCCAGCAUUUCCUUUAUCACCUCCCGAAUGCAGAUUAACAGGCAUGCCAAAGGAAAAAUAUGACCCUCCAGAUCCACGCAGACUAUAUACCAUCAUGUCAGCAGAGGAGGCAGCCAAUGGGAAGAAGUCACAUUGGGCUGAGUUAGAGAUAACAGGGCGGGUCAGGAACUUGAGCAGUUCGCUAUGGACACUCACCCAUUUGACCGCACUGCACAUCAACAACAACAACCUUAGCCGACUCCCCCCUGAAAUCGCCAAGCUCCCACACCUGGUCUACCUGAACCUGUCCUCCAACAAACUGCGCAGCCUGCCAGCAGAACUCGGCAAUAUGGUGUCUCUCAGGGAAUUGCUGUUGAACAACAACUGUUUACGGGUUUUGCCUUAUGAGCUUGGGCGACUGUUCCAGUUACAAAUCCUUGGUCUCAAAGGUAACCCACUGUCCCAAGAUAUACUCAACCUUUAUCAGGAGCCUGAUGGAACAAGAAAGCUAUUAAACUACAUGCUUGACAAUCUUGCAGUCCACCCCGAACAACUCCCUCAAAGACCAUGGGUCACGCUAAAGGAGCGAGACCAAGUGAUGCCCACAGCCGUAUUCACAGUCAUGUGCUACAAUGUGCUAUGUGACAAGUAUGCAACAAGGCAACUGUACGGCUACUGUCCUUCCUGGGCUCUCAACUGGGAGUACAGGAAGAAGGGCAUCAUGGAGGAGAUCACCAGCUGUGAUGCAGACAUCAUCAGUUUGCAGGAGGUGGAGACGGAGCAGUACUACACCUUCUUUCUGGAAACGCUGAAGGAGCGCGGAUACGAUGGCUAUUUCUGCCCAAAGUCUCGUGCCAAACUGGUGUCGGAGCAGGAGCGGAAGCACGUGGACGGCUGUGCCGUGUUUUUUAAAAUCGAAAAAUUUGCACUGAUUCAGAAGCAUACGGUGGAGUUCAACCAGGUGGCCAUGGCGAACUCAGAAGGCUCUGAGGUCAUGCUGAAUCGGGUCAUGACCAAGGACAACAUUGGGGUGGCCAUCCUGCUGGAGGUGAAAACAGAGCUGUUCACUGGAGACAUGAAGCUGCCUACAGAGAAGCAGUUCCUCUUGGUAGCUAAUGCCCACAUGCACUGGGACCCGGAGUACUCGGACGUCAAGCUCAUCCAGACCGUGAUGUUCCUCUCGGAGCUGAAGAGCAUCGUGGAGAGGGCUUCGGGCCCAAGCGGCUCCGCCCCGCCCACCUGCGACCCCAUCCCCAUCCCCAUUGUCCUGUGUGCAGACCUCAACUCUCUCCCAGACUCCGGUGUGGUGGAGUACCUGAGUAAUGGCGGCGUUGCAGAGAACCACAAGGACUUCAAAGAACUGCGCUACAGCGACUGUCUGACCAACUUCAGCUGCAACGGCAAGGACAGCAAGCCGGACGGCAGCGUCACGCACAGCUUCCAACUGAAGAGCGCCUACGAGAGCAAUCUGAUGCCUUACACCAACUACACUUACGACUUCAAGGGUGUGAUUGAUUAUAUCUUCUUCUCCAAGACUCACAUGAGCGUGCUGGGGGCGCUGGGUCCGCUAGAGAGUCAGUGGCUAGUGGACAACAGCAUCACCGGGUGCCCGCACCCACACAUCCCUUCCGACCACUUCUCCCUACUGGCCCAGCUGGAGUACCGCCCUCUCCUUCCUCUCUUGAACGGGCUGCACCUGACCGUCCACAGGUAGUGCAACCCACCCAAUCCCCUACCCCCAGCCCCACGCUCCUCCUCACCCUCACCACUAACGGACGAAUCGUGAGUUCUCUGCAAGCUCACCGACAUACCUAGGAGUGAAUUGUUCUCCCAUUUCACUCCCUUUUUUUAACCUUUGCACAGGAUUGUAUAAGUAUGUUUUUCCAACUUUAAAAGAAGAAGCUUCAUACCAAAUUGGGGUUGGGAUUCUGUGCUUGCUAUCCAUGACCGAAUCUGAAUGUGGCCCUCAAGUUAAUAUCUGUGGCUGAAUGUCAGUUUUGAGAUCUACCACACACUUAUGCAGUGUUAGUGUCUAUGUGUGAUAAGCAAAUAAAGACGGAUAUUUCUUGUCAUGUAGCAAAACAUCAUCAGCUACCAGCAGUGUUUAAAAAAAAAAAAAAAAGGGAAAAAAAGUCACUUUUCUAUUUUUGUCAGUAAGCAUUUUAUAUAUUUCCCUUGUGUUUUAUCAAUUAAAACUUCUCAUAGAAGAAAUCCCACAUUUGUAAAUGUAUGAAGUUAUGGAGAACAAUCAAAGUACAAGUAUUACGUUAUUGUAUAUUAUGUAAGAGUAGCAUCUGGUACUUUAUGAACACAAGUUCCCCUUCUAUCUUGUCAUCACUGUAGGGGAUUUGAGCAUUGGAACUUUUAAAUUGAGAAACUAUGGCAUCAGUGGCAAUGUAUCUAAAAUGGGUCAACACAACCUGAGACAUGUUAAUUCCUAUAUGUGCAAUGUCAGACAUUAUGCAAAAUGGUCUUUUGUGAAGUCCUCAAUGGACACAUUAAAGAGGAUCCCAGCCCUACACACUAAAA